AUGCCUCUAAUGUCACUUAAUUUGCCGUCUAGAGCCUCCUCAGUGUCCUUUAUCAGAACAGACAGGGUAGUUGGCGCCGCAGCUGGGGGGCUCGCGGUAGAGGAGGAGGAGGGGGGGGGCAGCCGCGUGGGCAGCACGCAUCACAGGCAAAAAGCCGACAGCACAGCGGCGUGCGGCAUUCCACCAGGGAACCGGUCCCGGCUCAAUAGAGACCGAUACCAUCGUUUACACUCGACACACUCAAACGAUAAUCGAUCCUCGCACUAA